AGACUAAUUCCGGUCGAGUCGUUGCGCGGCGCGCGUGACAGGUAGAGAGGGAGAGACAGAAUCAAAGACCUUAAAAUCUCAAGAGGGAGGAGACCGCCUUCAAUGUUAAAGCCAAAACCAGGUGAUUCCAGGUCUCUUAAAUACGGUAGUAGAAAAGAAUCGGCAAUAAAAGAAUGGACGGACAAGGAGGUCGUGGUGCCUACGCUCAGGUGACAGCACCUAUUGGAGAAGAUGGUCAGGUGACUGUUAAGCCAAGUGGCAAAAGCAGGGGAGCAUCCUCAGUUUGUACCGCAAAGAGACUCGGAAUUGCAGUUGUAAUCGUAAUUGUUAUCAUAGUGAUCAUCAUCGUAGCUGUUGUUGCAAGCAAAAAGUCCAGUAGUAGUAGUGAGAUUACAAGUGCAAAUACAACAACUAUUGCUGCAAGUGUGACCUCAAUGAUGGGAGCUGCUACACAAUCAACUAUUAAGUCUGUAAGUGCUAUGACAACAACCCAGCCGACACCGGCACCCACAACAUUCGGCCCUCCAGUCAGAGGGUCCUUCACAGGUGCAAUUGUCCUCGACACCCCAUAUCUGCGAUCUUAUGAUGAUGUUCGAGCCCAAGGCACUGAUGAACUGAUGACGAACUUCACACAGGCGAUGGAUAAAGUAUAUGCAGUUCCAAGUGCUGUUAAUUUCAUGUAUCAAAGCACCAUUGUGGACCAGAUAGUUGACGGUCAACCAAAUGUGCAGGUUAAUUUCACAGUGUCGUUGGAUGCCAUCAACCGAGGAGCCCAAAAUCAUCUUCUGACCACCCUAGGAUCCUUCCCAUCAGAUGUGAUGGAUACAUUCACCGUGCUCUCUGUGGAAACAGAACCGGAGAAAAAGACCUCGCUUGAUGCAUAGAGAGCGAGACAGAAAGCCAGACAGAGGCUUCAUUCUACUUGCAUGCACAUUUUUCAGUGAAAUGCAUCUCCAUUCCAAAACAUCAUGGCUGCCAACUCUCAAUCAUUGAGAGUGAGACUCCUAGAGAUUUUGUUUCAUUUGCAUGCAUUUCUAUUGAUUUUACUAAUUGUGACCCCUAAUUCUAUUGGAGUCUCACUCUCAACUAUGAAGUUAUAUCCAAUGUUGGCAGCCUUGAACCAUUUGUGCAAGCUUGGACGAGGGUGCAAGCACAAAUGGCUGGAUAAAAAAGAAUUAAUUGCAAACGUAGGGGGUGUGCAAGGAUUUUCUGCAAGAGUGGAUGCAGUAAGGAUUUGAGAGAGAUCUUUUGAUUUGGAAAAUGUACUCUGGAAAGAAAUCGAUGCCAAAACUUUUUAGAUGUCGGAAUGUACUGUUCAUUUUAAGCUUAUUCACAUAUUAUUUCUUUGGUCACUUUUUCAAACCCUUUCUACGGUCCCUGAUAUUGACUGGGCCCGUAUCUUGUUCAGCUUGUCUGGUAUUCUUUUUCUCUGAUAAUCAGUCAUAAGAACAUUAUUCUUUAAAUUUACUUGGUUUUUCCUUGUUUUGGCCUAAAUUACAAACAGGAAGACAGCAUAGUGUACUUAAGAAAAAACAAACAAACAGAAAGUUGUAAUUUUGUUUAGCUGUUGUAAUAUUACAUGUAUCAGUUUCAUACAUGUAAGUAACUAGUGAAUAUUCUAACUUCUAAUAUUAAAAUAUAUGAUUAUAUGUUAGAAAUGGAAAUAUUAAUUUUCUUCACAUGGAUAAUAAUAACAAUUGUUCCAAAAGGAAAUUCAUUUUUUGUUCAGUCAAUCUGACUUGGAAAUCAUGAUUCACUGCAAUGGAAAAUCACCUACCUUUUAUUCAGGUAUUGAUCAGAUGAUGUUUUGUGAAUGGACUGAAAUAAUAUGUCGCCCAAGAGUAGUAUAAUAUGGGAAUAUAUUUUAUGGAUAUAUACCAUAGUCAGAAUGUCUAUCUGCCACAAACAUACAGGUAACCCUGCUAAAGUUUGGAUUGGGAUCACAUUAGAAGGUAAUAGCGAUAUCUUUGGCAUGGCCUGGUCACAAACAAUUGAUUUGGCUCUGGCAUUUAUUGAAUUUCAGAAUAUAACUUAGCCCUUAUCUAAAGGGGGGGUCAAUUUGACCCCCCUCCCUCGACAAAUUUUGUCACUACACCGUUGCGCGAAAUCUUUUUAUGCUGCGCCACUCACUGACUUUUUACUUUCAAGUCUUGGCAUCUUUGAAGACCAAAUUUGCGACCUCCAAAUUACGCAACAUUUUGUAUGUGCAUGUCAGACCCCAAAAAUUGGUCAAAAACGUGAUUCCGUGUACAAAGUCAAUGCAAAUUUGUGUUUUUGAAACAAAAAUCAUAAACGUAUGAUUAUUUUCACUUUUGUUGCUUCAAAUGGAUUUAUUUUAUGCUAUUUUUAUCGCAAAACGGUCCCCGACAGCGUUCAUUGAAAAUCAAUAAAAAACAAAGAUAUACAUAAGAAUUUAACAAAUAAUAAAAUACAUAAGAAAUUAAUUAUAUUUUUGCAAUUUUUGGGUCAAUAUUUGUUAGAAAUGUAAAAAUUGAUAUUCUCACCAAAAAUAAGCAUUCUACUAGCUAUAUAAAGUGAGUUAAAGGCAAAAAUACACAAAUAAAACAAAUUUAGGUCAAAUUUCAUAUAUGCUUAUUUGCAUAAUUAAU